ACCGCCGCUUCCGGAUGCGAAGAAACAAGUCCUGGUACCGCCAAUUGGCCGACUGGGACAGCGGCGGAGGCCCCGCCUCGGCACUAGCCAAUUAGGACAACCACUGGAGGUUCCGCCCCUGCUAGGUGCGGAUCCCUGGCUGCUGGAAACCUGGGCUUCCGGGUGAGGAGCGUUGGCGUCCAAGGUAGCCACUGAUCUUGGGAACAGAGAGGUGUGCUUAAGUCCCGCCAGACCAGGAGAGAAGGGGCAAGCGCCCAGGCCCGGUGUGCACCCUGCCUGAGUGUGCGUGGAACCCAGGCUGAGUACCUCCUGUGAGUGCACCGCAGCCCAGAGAUGGUGACAUUGCUGUGAGAAGCCUACAUGACCAACAUGGCGGAGACUAAAGAUACUGUCCAGCUUCGACUGCUCAGCCUGGAGCUCCUGAAGCAGCUUUGGGCUGGGCACGAGGCCAUGUGUCAGUCAGUGACCAGAGCAGCAUCAGAGUCAAACCUGGACUAUAGCAGCAGCAGCAACAACUUAGAGAUGCCACUGUCCCAAGAGACUUCUGCUUCCUCAGUGGCCCCCAACUCACAGGACAAAAGACACGUGUGGGACCCAUUGGACAGUCAUCGAGGUGACACUUAUGAUGUGGCCUGGUAUGGCAAAGUCAACUCCAGGGUGGACUCUCUCCCACCUGCCACAUGCCAACACCAGGAGCCCCAGGAAGGACUACGGCCCUCCUCAGUACCCUUGCUAGCCACUGAAGGUCUGAAGCGGCCAGUGUCUUUGGGAGGCCCAAAAGGUCUGGGGCCUGACAAGGCACAGGUCCCAAGGUCCCUCCCGUUACGACUAGGCAAGCUGUCUAAGCCCAAAGUGACCUUCUCCCAGGAGUCUUCAGUGCCUGAGAGCAGCUGGUACUCUAGGCCAUGCCUAGACUAUGAUUGGACCGCAGGGUCCCUGGACAGUAGCUCUCCCGUCAGUAGUGAAUCCGAAGCCUACUUCUCUAUGCUGCAGAGGUUUCGAGAGGACAACAGAGAGGAUUGUGUUUGCAAUUCCCCUGAAGCUGUAUUCCCAGAGCUGCAAGAGAGCAGUGGUGUGGAAGAGGACCAUGAGUGUGUGUACUGUUACCGCAUCAACCGCCGCCUGUUUCCUGAGCCUCUGGAUCCGGGUGCCCCUUGCUGUCUGUGUGGGAUACCCCGGGAUGAGCAGGGCCCUCAAACUCUGGUAGAGCCAGUACAAGUCAGGGUGAGCAUCCCCCUGUCCAUCAUGGACCCUCCACACCAGUACCGAAUUCACAGAAGGAAGAGCUUUGAUGCAUCUGACACUUUUGCUCUGCCUCGGCACUGUCUGCUGGGCUGGGACAUCCUGCCUCCAAAGUCAGAGAAAACCUCUGUCCCCAAGAGCCUGGACCUCUGGUCCUCUGUGUCCCAUGGAGCAGCACAGCGCCGGAAUCUGUCAGCCACAAACCCAUCCUAUCAGGUAGGGUCUUGGGUGUGUCCCAACCUGGGGUGGCAAAGUGUCCGGGUAAGACAGAUCCUGUCAAGAUGGGAGCCCAGGCUCUGACAAGGUGUCCCUGCAGCUUUGAUGGUCCUUGACACCUGCUCCCGUCUAGCCAGGAAGGAGGCCCUCACUGCAGGCUGCAGGAGGAGCUGAGGCUGGUAUGAGUUCCAUCUAUCCCUGAGGGACCCCACAAUGUCUCACUAUUCAUCUGUCCACUAGUAACUCCCUAAGACCUCACUCUUCUUCCAGGCCUUGCGAUCACGGGUCCCACCACCUUUCUGGUCAGAGCCUCAGGUUGCCCGGCUCUGUCCCUCCCACUAGAAGCCAUGAGGACUGACUAUACAGAAGGCAACAGUAUUCUACCAGUGCCAUCAGCUUCCCCUGAGGAGAAGCACCGGAGAGCUGGAAGUGGACAAGAUGGCGGUGGCUGAGCUGUCUCUCCUCGGUUGUCCCCUUCGUCUCCUGAGAGCUAGAAAGUGGAAAAUCCAGGGCAGAGGGGAGGGAGUGCUCUGAGUAGUGUACUAAUAAAGCUCAGGGCCGUACACUUCCA